CGCAGCCGGCCCGCCGCUGCUCGGCCCGGCCGGGCGGGGACUUGGCAGCAACUCGCGGAGGAAGAGAGGGAGAGAGAGAGAGAGACCGAGAGCGCCUGCCCCCGCUGCCCGCUCCGCUGUGGCUUCGGGGCGGAGGAGGAAGGUCCGUGCUCGGCCGAGAAGCAGCAGCCGCCGCCAGCGAGGAGGAGAGACGGAGAGGCGGCCGGAGCCCCCUAAAGUGCCCCCCCAACCCUGCACUGCAGGCUACAUUUCCAGCUUCAUGGGCAAAGUGUGGAAACAGCAGAUGUACCCCCAGUACACCACCUACUACUACCCCCAGUAUCUGCAGGCGAAGCAGUCCAUUGUACCAGCCCACCCAAUGGCUCCUCCUAGUCCCAGCACCACCAGCAGUAAUAACAACAGUAGUAGCAGCAGCAACUCAGGAUGGGAUCAAUUAAGUAAAACAAACCUUUACAUCAGAGCACUGCCUCCAAACACCACUGAUCAGGACCUGGUAAAAUUAUGCCAACCGUAUGGGAAAAUUGUAUCCACGAAGGCUAUUUUGGAUAAGACAACGAACAAGUGCAAAGGUUAUGGCUUUGUUGACUUCGACAGCCCAGCAGCUGCUCAGAAGGCAGUUUCUGCUCUAAAAGCUAGUGGAGUCCAGGCACAAAUGGCAAAGCAACAAGAACAGGAUCCAACGAAUUUAUACAUUUCCAAUUUGCCACUUUCAAUGGACGAGCAGGAGCUUGAGAACAUGCUUAAGCCUUUUGGGCAGGUUAUCUCUACGAGGAUAUUGCGUGACUCGAGUGGGACAAGCCGUGGUGUUGGCUUUGCCAGGAUGGAAUCAACAGAAAAAUGUGAAGCGGUGAUUGCUCAUUUUAAUGGAAAAUUCAUAAAGACACCAGCAGGAGUUUCUGUUCCUGCAGAACCUUUGUUGUGCAAGUUUGCCGAUGGAGGACAGAAAAAGAGGCAGAAUCAGAAUAAAUACAUACAGAAUGGAAGAGCAUGGCACAGAGAAGGCGAGGUGAGACUUGCUGGAAUGACACUCACUUAUGAUCCAACAACAGCUGCUUUACAAAAUGGAUUUUAUCCUUCACCCUACAGUAUUACAGCAAACAGAAUGAUCACUCAAACGUCUAUUACGCCAUAUAUUGCUUCUCCAGUUUCCACAUACCAGGUUCAGAGUCCUUCUUGGAUGCAGCCUCAACCAUAUAUAAUGCAGCACCCGGGUGCUGUACUGACUCCCUCCAUGGACCACACCAUGUCACUACAGCCUGCAUCAAUGAUAAGCCCUUUGACGCAGCAGAUGAGUCAUCUUUCAUUAGGCAGUACUGGAACAUACAUGCCAGCCACAACAGCUAUGCAAGGAGCCUACAUACCCCAGUACACGCAUGUCCAGACAGCAGCGGUUCCUGUUGAGGAAGCCAGUGGUCAACAGCAGGUUACAGUAGAGACGUCCAGUGACCAUUCUCCGUACACGUAUCAACAAAAUAAGUAACUGUGAGCUCUGACUUUUCUGUGUUGCAGAUGCCCGGUGUUGACCCGGCCUGGAGAAGGGUGCAAAGGCUGAAACAAUCAUGGAUUUUACUGAUCAAUUGUGCUUUAGGAAUUAUUGACAGUUUUGCACAGGUUCUUGAAAAUGUUAUUUAUAAUGAAAUCAACUAAAACUAUUUUUGCUAUAAGUUCUAUAAGGUGCAUAAGAAAAACCUUAAAUUCAUCUAGUAGCUGUUCCCAUGAACAGGUUUAUUUUAGUAAAAAAAAAAAAUUUUUAUCAAGUGUUACGACGCAAAAAAAAAAAUUCAAAUUUCUGGGUAUGCACAGAUGACCACGAAGACUAUUCAUGUGCAUGACAGAAUUUGUGUUUUGGUUUAUUUUUAUUUCCUUUCUUUCCUUUUAUUUUUUUUCCUGUUUUGUUUGGUUUUUUUUUUUUUUAAUUUUUAUUUUUUUUUUUAAUUGUAUGAAAUGGGUUUUCUGAAGUUUAAAAUAGUAAAACAUCUAGGAUGAUGUUCUGUGCUUGCAGUGUGUGAGUGUUGCUUUAGUGCAGUGUUGCAGUUAUAGCGUCUGGUCUUUUAGCCUUCUGUUUUUCUUUUAAUGUAGUGUGAAGUGUCUUAUCCUUUUCUAUGAAUUCCAAUUUGCCUUAAAUCUUUCGAUGCUGUAGCUAUUUCAGUAAGUAGUCCAAACUAAUGGUGUAGAAUGCUUUGACCAAAUGAGCUGGUCUAUUAUGCCUUGUAAAACAGCAGCAUAGGGCUUUUAAAGGUAGUCAAUAAAAAUUGCUGAAAAUUUG